GAUCCACCACCAGGCAUUACCUGUUUUCCCAAAGACGACGUUAUCACUGACUUAGAAGCAUACAUCCAAGGACCACCUGACUCGCCUUAUGAGGCAGGACUGUUCAAGCUAUCUAUUCAAAUACCCGAUCGCUAUCCAUUCCAACCUCCACAGAUAAAAUUCAUUACUACUAUCUACCACCCGAAUAUUGACGACACGGGCCGGAUAUGCGCCGAUAUAUUAAAAACAGGCGAAAAGGGGCAAUGGAAACCAGCUAUUAAUUUAGGAACAGCAUUAACAAGCCUCAGACAGUUAUUAGCCGCACCUAAUCCAGAUGAUCCUCUUGAUGCUGAUAUCGCCAAAGAGUACCAAUUGGAUUAUCCUACGUUUAAAAGAAAUGCCAUAGAAUACACAAAGAAGUUUGCGUCAAAAGAGGCUUUCGAUGUAAGUCUUAUGCAAUUUCUUGGGUUCAUUGAUUGA